UUAAAAUUAUAUUUUACAGUUUAUAUUUUAAAAGAAAGAAAAAAGAAUUGUUUAGAAGUGUUCGAUUUAACAAAUCGAGUCCGCAAUUUACAGACAAAGAUUUGUAAAAUAAUUUUAGAAGACAAUUAAAUAAAGUGAUAAGUCAAAUACUGGACCAAAGUUGAAACGAUUCACGACGUUUCGAUCGAUUACACAAUAAAACCCUGGUUGGUGAUUCAACUGGUCAUUCUACCUGAGGAAGAUCGGUGUAAUCGAUCGAAACGUCGUGAAUCGUUUCAACUUUGGUCCAGUAUUUGACUUAUCACUUUAUUUAAUUAUCACGACUGGAUGACGAAUUUACACUUAAAUUUUAGAAGACAUUUUUAAUGCUUGAUCUGAUAUGCGCAAAAUUUACAAGAUCUUUAAAGAAUUAUAUACUAAACGCUCUUUAACUYUAUGACUUUUCUAACAGAAUUUUUCAAAAAAAUCGAUUGCCUGACAGGUUUUUCGUAACACUUCGUCAGUCAGGCAAUCGAAAAAUCUCAAAGUUCUAAGCUUGUGUACAAUGUCAGGGACGUCGGAGACGAGGGGGAUAAGGGGCUAUAGUCUCCCCAACUUUUUCAUUCUGAAAAUAAAAAUUAAGAAAUCAACGUAAAGUAUACUCCUAUUGAAUGUUUUUUUGUUUUGUUUUGUUUUUGUCUUAAUGAUAAAAUACUUCGAUCGCUUUUUUUUAUGUUAGUAGCCCCCCCCCCCCGCUAAAAAAAAACGUUCCGACGUCCUUGAAUAAGAAUUUACUGUGAUAAGAAUUUACAUCGUUCAUCUCGAAACCAAACGUGAUAUAUAUUCUUGUUUGCAUCGUUUGCAUGACUAAAGUAAACAAUUGUAUUUGUUAGAGCACUAAAAAGUUMUUUUAAACACUUUCGAUAUGAGUCACUUUCGAAACGUCGCCAACUCAGUCGACCAAAUUGAAAAGGAAAGUAGCAAAUAGUACAAGAGGUUUUCUUCUAACCCUGUCUAACACCACACGAAAAAUCCAAGAUGAAGGGAAUUGCAGGGAUCUUGAUGAUUAGUUGGAUUAUGGCGGCCAUUCUUCCUCAAAAUACGGAAGGUCGAUGUAGCUCGAGCCAAACUAUACGACGAGUGUACGUGRUUCGUCGCAGUUUGCAUCUGUUUGAUUGGGUUAUCAAUUGGUGUGUUAUUGCUCACUCGGGACUCAUCCUAGAGAUGAGUGAUGGUAAGCAAUGUGUCCUGGAGUACAUGGAGGACGGUAGAAGUCAUUUGUACGAUGCAAAUCCAACCUCUACAAGAAACUGCUGGUUUUCAAGUUGUAAGAAACUUCAAAUGAAGGAUGACAAGGGUAUUUCGUACGAGUGGACGCGGCAAAGGUAUGGGCUUAGUACCGCUACGUACCCACUGGCCAAGGUGUCACCACAGGAAGCCCAAAGGCAGAUGCAAUCAAUGAUGGGAACAARGUACGACCUAAUCAAAAAUAACUGCCAUGUUGCUCAGGAGGGGCUGCGAAAGAGUUGGAAGAUGAAGGUWGACAAGCAAUACAAACCAAGCCUGAAGUCUAUAUGUGGUUGCAAGUUGCCGAGCUGGYUGCGAAAGUCGUUCAAAGGAUUGUUAGCUGAGCUGGUGAAAGAUUAUUGUAAGCAGAAAUCUGCAUAAAGUAUUGCAUGAAAUGUAUUAAAAGUAUUGCUAUCAAUAAAUAUAUACUAGAUUAA